AAUCGAUAACUUUGCGUCAGACUUGCGAUGCGAUGGAAUGAUAAUAACAUUUUUGGGAAAUAGUUGCGUUGCGAUGUCUUGCGAUGCGAUUCGCAUGCGAUUUUGCGUUGCGACCAGAUGAUAAUGAGGCCUCUGGACUACAACCCAAGAAACAUCACCAAAAACCAUUCGAAAAAUCAGACUUAUGAAUCGAUAAACUGCGGUUACCUGUACUUCUCCAAAAACGCCAAAAACUCUUCCAUCUCAAACUAGAAUUAAAACUAGAGGCAGACCAAGAAAGACUGUAUCAUCAGUGAAAAUACCAAUCGAUGACAACAAACUUGAACGCCUAAUGAACACUGUCUCAAAGUUAACUGACAAAAUUGAUGAUCUUUCGAAUACCACUGUGGACUUGAAGGACUCUAUGGAAAUAGCGAAAAUUAACCUUAAUGCUAUGCAAACGACCAAUGCUGAUUUGGUGACUCAAUUGGCAGCAAAAACAUCACAAUGCAAAGACCUAAAUGAUGAAUGUAUACAUCUUCGCAAGCAUCUCACCUCCUUGAAAUCACAGAAUGGUAAUGAAUCCGAUAAGACACUGGUGAUAGGAAGCUCAAUAAUAAGAGACUUUGAUGAGAACAAGCUCAACAAUACGGAGGUGAAAUGUAUAAGCGGGGGUAAAAUUAAUUUAUCGAAAUUGAAUAAACCUGGACCCAAACCCUACAAGCGUCCCUCCUUAGGUACAUAGUCCCUCCUUAGGUGUCCAAACAAAGCAAAGUAUCUUAGGAGGGUGUAGAAUGUUCCAAUACAUAUUCAACUUGUUGCUGAUAUCAUCCUGGACCAUACCAGAUCUCCUACACGGAGCGUUGUCAUGGUGGAAUAUGUAUGAUUCUAUGACUUUGUCUGUUACUACCAAAACAGACCAGUAGUUACUACUGAAACAUUCAUUUGUAGAAUUAAACCUUGCAGUGAAGUUUUGAAUAUUUAGUCAAAAGAAAACUAAUAAAAUAUUCCUUGCCAGAUU